AGAAAGGCAAUCAAUGCGUUUGUGACGUAAGGUGUCCUUUUCACCAAACUAGGCCCCGUGUGUUGUCUGAAAAACAGGGUCUCCAAAGUGGGUUUAUCCUUUUCUCUAAAAGAAGGCGCACAAAGUCCAUUCAUAGCUGGUAUUAAAGCACUUUUCGCCACUAAUACCAAGCUUUUAAAAUUUACCGCUUUUAAAGUGACGACACCCGUUAUAUUCCCGAUUCAAUUGACGGGCCUGCUGUGCUAUAUAAACGACUUGGGCCUGAAGCACGCGUGAGGAAAACCUGAACAGAGCGAGUCCGGGUUCUAUAUGGAUUGCAAUAACGUUAGAGAUAAAGCCGAUACUGUAAUUAACUGCGAUGGCUGAAUACAUUCGCAUAACCGAAGAUGAGAAUGAGGAGCCUAUUGAAAUCCCCACAGAAGAUGAUGGCACCGUUCUCCUGUCUACAGUCACGGCUCAGUUUCCAGGAGCCUGCGGGUUGCGCUACCGCAAUCCUGUUUCGCAGAUAGCGCGUGGAGUCCGGCUAGUGGAGGGAAUUCUGCAUCCCCCUGAGACUGGUUGGUCUAACCUUGUUUUUAUCGUCAAUUAUCCUAAAGAUAAUAAAAGGAAAAUGGAUGAAAAUGAUGCAUCCUCGGCAGUAAAAGUGAAAAGAUCAGUACAGAAGACAUCUGACUUGAUAGUUCUUGGCCUUCCAUGGAAGACAACAGAGCAAGAUUUAAAAGAAUAUUUCAGCACAUUUGGUGACGUUAUUAUGGUGCAGGUUAAGAGAGAUGCAAAAAGUGGCAACUCAAAGGGAUUUGGCUUUGUCCGGUUUGCAGAGUUUGAGAGCCAAGUGAAAGUCAUGUCACAGCGGCACAUGAUAGAUGGAAGGUGGUGUGACUGCAAGUUGCCAAAUUCCAAAGUGGAUCCAGACGAGCCGUAUCGAUGCAGGAAAAUUUUUGUUGGGCGUUGCACUGAAGAUAUGACUACUGAAGACCUCAGGGAGUUUUUUGGUCAAUAUGGGGAAGUGACUGAUGUCUUCAUUCCAAAACCAUUUCGUGCCUUUGCAUUUGUUACAUUUGCUGAUGAUCAGGUGGCCCAGUCUCUCUGUGGAGAAGAUUUGAUUGUUAAAGGAGUCAGUGUUCAUGUAUCGACUGCAGAGCCUAAGCAAAAUAACAUGAGGGAAAUGGACAGAUUUGGCAGAUUUGGUAGCCCAGGCUUUGGGAACCAAGGCGGCUUCCCAAGCAGGGGAGGUCCAGGGCGCCCUGGAAUGGGAAGCCAGAACAGUAUGGGUGGUCAAGGGAUGAACUUUGGGGCUUUUAACAUUAACCCUGCUAUGAUGGCAGCAGCACAGGCAGCAUUGCAGAGUAGUUGGGGGAUGAUGAUGUCUAAUCAGCAGAAUCCAUCUGGAGGACCAUCGGGGAAUAAUCCAAAUCCAGGACCUAGAGAGCAUAACCAACCAUUUGCUGGGGGGAGUAAUUCCUAUGGGUCAAGUUCUGGAUCUUUAGGCUGGGGAUCAGGAGCAAAUGCACCUGGCUCUGGUGGGAGCUUCAAUUCUGGGUUUGGAUCCAGCAUGGAAUCAAAGUCCUCAGGGUGGGGAAUGUAGAAUAACAUCGUAGCGAGGAAUCACUCUUCCAGAUCGAUGGUAAGUAUGAAGUUCUCAGGAUAGAUUAAUUUCUGGAUAUAUGGUAUAGCAAAAUAUUUUUCAUACUUUUUAAUUUUAUGUCAAUGAUGGCGUCAAACAUUGUUCAGAUUUUAUGGGUAUUGAAACACCUUUACUGACUGAAAGCCACUGCCUGAUGGAUGGGUGGGCUGUAAAUGGUAUACAUUUUUUUUUUUUUUUUUGGUUUUAAGUGGGCUUGAGCUCUUGUUUAUUGCAUGACUAAGUUGAAACCAUUGGUUAGGAGAUGCACGGUUAGUCUUUAGUCCCCUUUAAACUCUUAUUUUUGGGAUACCCUAAUUUUUAAUCAGUUUUUCAGCACAGUUCUGCCGUUUCCAUGAUUUUCCAGAAUUGGAAAGCAAUCUCCACAGCUUCUCAGUGAUUUAUUUGGAGUACUUGAACAUUCCUGGGAGUAAAGAUAUUUCAUCAUACUGCAUUUUGACGGUGGGUGUUGUACUUUUAUCCACUACUCUUUAUUUCAUGGAAUCGUUUCAACGCACGACUGUGAUGUGGAAACCAGAAGGCUGUUUGGACUUAUGAAUCCUUGUGUGGGAUUGAUGUUGAUGCCAAGGAAUGAGAGGCUGGUAUGAUCGGGAGCAAGAGAGAGAGCAUGCAGACCUGUUGGUGCGAUAUGGAGUUUUGAACUUUGCAAGAUGUGACUUAGUCUCUGUGGCUUUGGUGAGAGUGUGCAGAGAGCAAAACUGGCAAAAAUGUACGAGUGUAUUGUACCUAGAAUGCAGUAUCUGUUGAGACCUUGUAGAAUUUUAUACCACAAAAAGUAGUUUAACAUGUAGAUGAAUGUUGAAUGUUGAAAAGUGUAAGGUAUUUGUAUCUCGUCUUCCCCCUCCCCUUGUCAACCUGAUGGAUGCUGUAUGGUGUGUGUGAUACUAACUUUAUUUGACCUGUGUGACCGUGAAAUGGUGAAAUUUGUUGAACACUGAGGAAGCAAGUAGUGAGGUUUAUGGCAGUUGUGUGCAGGUUAAUAAGUGAGCUCAGUGCGUCUUAAGAGGGUGAAGUCUAAAAGUUUGUAAGAAUUCAAAAGAAUGCAAAGGUUGCUUUAGCUGUGUUUUGUUCGAAUGAUUCCUUUGUAACGUGUUGAAUUUCUUAAUAAAAGUAUUUCAAGUAA